AUGGCGGAGACCAAGAUCAUUUACCACAUCGACGAGGAGGAAACGCCGUACCUGGUGAAGCUGCCCGUGCCGCCGGAGAAAGUCACGCUGGCCGAUUUCAAAAAUGUCCUCAGCAACCGGCCCGUGCACAGCUACAAGUUCUUUUUCAAGUCCAUGGACCAGGAUUUCGGGGUGGUGAAGGAAGAGAUCUCAGAUGACAAUGCAAAGCUGCCCUGCUUCAAUGGAAGAGUGGUGUCCUGGCUGGUCCUGGCUGAGAGCUCCCACUCUGACACAGGCUCCCAAUGCACCGAGAGCCACGUGGAGCUGCCCCCAGCCCUGGAGAGGACAGGAGGCAUCGGAGACUCCCGGCCCCCCUCCUUCCACCCCAACGCUGCCAGCAGCAGGGAUGGCCUGGACAACGAGACAGGAACCGAGUCCAUGCUCAGCCACCGGCGCGAGCGGCACCGGCGCAGGAACCGCGAGGGCCACGAGGACGCCCCCAGGAUCAACGGGCACCCCAAGCUGGAGCGGCACCGGGAGCACCCCCCUGGCUACGACAGCUCCUCCACCAUGCUGAGCAGCGAGCUGGAGUCCAGCAGCUUCAUCGACUCUGAGGAUGAUGACAACACCAGCAGGUUGAGCAGCUCCACGGAGCAGAGCACCUCGUCCCGCCUCAUCCGCAAGCACAAGCGCCGGAGGAGGAAACAGAGGAUGAGGCAGAUUGACAGGUCGUCCUCGUUCAGCAGCAUCACUGACUCCACCAUGUCCCUAAACAUCAUCACUGUCACACUCAACAUGGAAAAGUACAACUUCCUGGGGAUCAGCAUUGUAGGGCAGAGCAAUGACCGGGGUGAUGGUGGCAUCUACAUCGGCUCCAUCAUGAAGGGAGGGGCAGUGGCAGCGGACGGGCGCAUCGAGCCAGGGGACAUGCUGCUGCAGGUGAAUGAUGUCAAUUUUGAGAACAUGAGCAAUGACGAUGCCGUUCGGGUUCUGCGGGAAAUCGUCUCCAAACCAGGACCUAUCAGCCUAACAGUAGCCAAAUGCUGGGACCCUACUCCCAGGAGUUAUUUCACCAUCCCCAGGGCUGAGCCGGUGCGGCCAAUCGACCCCGCGGCGUGGAUCUCUCAUACCACAGCCAUGACGGGAGCGUACCCCCGUUACGGUAUGAGCCCCUCCAUGAGCAUCACCACAUCUACCAGCUCCUCACUAACAAGCUCAAUUCCCGAGUCGGAAAAAUUAGAAGAAUCUCCCUUAACUGUGAAGAGUGACAUGGCUACUAUUGUCAAGGUCAUGCAGCUGCCAGACUCAGGCCUUGAAAUUCGGGACAGGAUGUGGUUAAAAAUCACCAUCUCCAAUGCAGUGAUAGGAGCAGACGUGGUGGACUGGCUUUACACACACGUGGAAGGCUUCAAGGACCGCCGGGAGGCGCGGAAAUACGCCAGCUCCAUGCUGAAACACGGCUACCUCAGGCACACUGUGAACAAAAUCACCUUCUCAGAGCAGUGCUACUACGUCUUCGGAGACCUCUGUGGCAAUCUGGCUGCACUGAACCUCAACAACGGUUCCAGCGGCGCCUCUGACCAGGACACCCUCGCUCCUCUCCCACACCCUGCUGCUCCCUGGCCCUUGGGCCAAGGAUAUCCCUACCAGUACUCUCUGCCCCCUCCUUGUUUCCCCCCAGCCUACCAAGAUCCUGGUUUCAGCUAUGGCAGUGGCAGUGCAGGCAGCCAGCAAAGUGAAGGGAGCAAAAGCAGCGGCUCCAACCGGAGCACCAGCGAGACCAGCAGGAGAGCAGCGGGCAGGGAGAAGGAGCGCAGCAAGUCUGGGGGCAGCGGCAGCGAGUCGGAGCCGGGCGCGCGCCGCGAGCGCCCGCUCAGCCAGCUCAGCCAGCGCUCUGCCAGCGACAGGAGCCACCAGAGCCACCACUCUUACGGUCCCCCAGGGCUGCCCCCCUUGUACAGCCUGCCCAAGCUGGGCUCCAAGGGGCUGGGCAGCAGCGGGCCCCCCGGAGCACCCCCGGUGCGCGAGCUGAGCGCCGUGCCGCCCGAGCUCACCGCCAGCCGCCAGUCCUUCCAGAAGGCCAUGGGCAACCCUUGCGAGUUCUUCGUGGACAUCAUGUGA